CGCUAUUCUCUUUCUUUCUUCUAAGCAGAAGAAGCCGGCAGUGUUGUGAUACGUCAUGCCUCUCACUCUGUCCUGAGGCUGAAUCACUAAAAUGGUUCUCACAGAAAACAGCACCCUUAUCUUUCGGCUGAGGGGCGUGUUGGAGUUCUCCUGCCAACUUGACUCUAAUGAAACCCAAGGACAGAGCGCCAUCUGUAAAUCCUUCCAGGCCCUCCGUUCCAGAGUGUCGUCCGAAAGCCUCGUUUUCACCGUCUGUAACAGCUCUGUACUGCUGUGGCCCAACAAGGGCUUACAGUCCACGGCAGAGCAUCUGACUGAAGGAACGCCGUGUAGAGACAUCCAGCAGUACAUAGAAGCGGAAGAUGGAGGGAGCAAGAAGUCCAAAAGGAAGGAUAAAAGAGAUGCUGGUCCUAGUGUGGUGAACCUGAAGCUGCUGUUGGAGGUCACAGAGUCGGGGGACAGUAGAGCUCUCAGCCUCUGUAGAGUGACCAAGCAGCAGCACAGUGCGAGGAUGCCUCUGUGUGUGGACUGUGUGUUCUCUGCAUCAGGGCAGGACUCGCUCGGCUCUGUGUGUUCAGGCCUGGUGGGGGCGCUGUGCGGCCAGUUAUCAGACAUGCAGGAAGUGGUGCUGAGGUACAGGAAAGGCUCGUCUCUGUUGGUGCCUCAGCCUUUCCACUUUCAGCUACCAGAGUCUAGUGGACUGGUCACUGUUAUUUACCCUGCAGGAGUGCCGGACAGUCAGCUGCUGACCGUGAGAGAGGAGCUCCACAGGAAGUAUGGGUUGCCUAGCGACAGGCCGUAUUUCCGGAGGGCCAAUGCGUUUCACUUCCCAGAUGAGGCGUAUAAGGAUGGCUACCUGCGCAAUCCACACACUCAUCUGACUGCACCCAACAUGGAAGAUGCCAAGGUGUCCGUGGUGAGGGGUGUGUACAGUUAUCAUCACUACAUGCAGGAUCGUGUGGAUGAUAACGGCUGGGGCUGUGCGUAUCGCUCACUUCAGACCAUCUGCUCCUGGUUUCAGCAGCAGGGCUACACGGACAGAGCGGUGCCCACUCACACGGAGAUACAGCAGGCUCUGCUGGAUGUGGGGGAUAAAGAGCCCCCCUUUGUGGGCUCUCGCCAGUGGAUCGGCUCUAUAGAGGUGCAGGCCGUCCUCAACCAGCUGCUGGGGGUCACCUCGAAGAUCCUGUUUGUCAGUCGGGGGUCUGAGCUGGCUUCCAAAGGCAGAGAGCUGGCCAAUCACUUUGAGACUGUGGGAACGCCCAUUAUGAUUGGAGGGGGCGUGUUGGCGCACACCAUCCUGGGCGUGGCCUGGAGUGAGUCCAGUGGGGACAUCCGGUUUCUCAUCCUGGACCCACAUUACACGGGCGGAGAGGACCUACAGAUCAUCACUGACAAGGGCUGGUGUGGAUGGAAAGGACCUGAAUUCUGGGACCAGAACGCCUAUUAUAACCUCUGCCUUCCCCAAACACCAAAGACCAUCUGAGCUUUUCCACCUCUCAGCAUCUAAUUUGUCGGAAAAAAAACACACCGUCCACCAUCAAACAUUAAAGACAACUUUAUUCCACGACAACAUAA